UUUUCCGUUGCAGAUGUGAUGGCACGAGCAGGAAUGGCAUUAAGGAGGAGCGCAAAUCAGGGGAAUAUUGAAUCAAGCGACGACGUGCAAAGAUCAAUUGAUCUGUUAGAUCGUGUUCUCUCCGAGUUUGACGAUGUGGAAAAUGCAAACCAGGUGCAAAACGUUCAGCAACUAACUGGGGUUACUUCGCAUUUGCAACAAACCGGCGCCAAUCCUACGACAGGACAUAUACCUUCCACUCCUGAUGAUGAAAGUCCCUCAUUAGGCCAUCAGUCAGAAGAUGACGGAUAUAUGAGCAUGAAUGGAAGAAAACCGAAAUUCGCGCUAUCGUUCAAGCCAUUAACGGAGGAAACCAUCGCGGUAACACAAUCGGUGCUACAUCCUGGAGAUCCGAACGACUUCCCUCCACCACCCGAGGAAGCGGAACGCCUCAUCUCUACUUUAUUACCAAAGGUGUCACCAACGAAACGAACGACACCCAAAAGAACGAGAGAAUUUCCGCUGACAAGGCCCCACGGAAGGAUAGAAACCAUACCACCGCCACCAAAAUUUCAAAAUAACUCAUUCAACGGAACUUUCGAACCGAAACACAUUGCAACUCAAACUACUUUGCCAAAAACCCGUCAUCAGCGCCCGUACGGAUGGGAAAAUAACGAUUUUAACCUUCAAGCUCCUCCCCCACCCCCCGGUUUUCGAUAUGGAAGUUUACCGUACCAACACGGACUAUAUCCCUUACUAUCAUCACCUACAAGAGUACCUCCACGCACUAUACCGACGGCAAUUGAACGUCACCGCGAGGUCAGAAGACAUGGGAGCGAAGACAAUUUAUCUAGUGAUUUAGAGGAGUCGGCACUACGGCCGUUAAGCGAAUUGGCGGAUGAUGAGCAUUUCUCGGACGAUUCGCUGGAAGAAAUGCUACCUCCGCCACCUCCCGUUGCCAACAAGCGAAGCAGCAUUGCUUGGGAGGUGCCUCUAGAUGGCGACGAUCCCUUAUUGACGCCUGGCAGUACGAAGGUAGUAGGUCGACGAAGGCGAAAAUCAGGGUCCCAUUCGAGCACCAGUUCUAUCCCGAAUAGAAUGAAAGAUUUGGACGAAUGGCCUGAUCCUCCACCUUGCAGCACCGAGGACGAUAUUGCAUCUCCGUUUUCCGAUUCGGAUGAUCACAUUGUCCUGCCUGCCGAGUUAGAUUCUGGAAAUCUAAGUGGAACUAGUACAUACAUAAUUAGGCGCGGGAAGAAAGAUAGAAAAUCUCUGCUCAAUAUGGGCAGCUCCGUUAAUUCCAGUUCAUCUUUGAAUUCGCGACUGAGUUCCGAUUUAAGUAUACCUCAUUCUAGAUUCAGUAUUGAUUUACAUUCUCGCUUGAGUAGAGAGUUACAGACGCCUAAUUCGAGAUACAGUAUCGAUCUUGGGACAUCACAUUCACGGUUGAGUCAGGAACUGAAUUCUCCAAAGUCUCGGUACAGCUUAGACUUAAAUAACUGCAGACGUUUAAGUCAAGAACUGACCAGCUCCCCCUCAAGAUUAAGCGUCGAUUUAUCUAGCUCUAGGUCAAGCACUCCCCAAUGUAGAUAUGGAAAUGACUUUAAGAAGCACAGCACGACUUUUGAUAAUAUUCAAUCCUUGAUUAGAGAAGGUGUUAUUGAAAGUUGCAGUGGCCCACCUAUCGAAUCAGUAAGUGACUUUAAUUCUCCCACGUCACCUCUCGUUAGAGUAGUGUCUCUACCCACUCUAAACGCAGAGGAAUUGACGCCGAGGCGAGAAUUGGCAGUUACAGUGGAAGAAGAGGAAGAUACAGAAAGUCCGCUACAGCAUGACAGCACUGAAGUGUCACCGCUUAGAAAAAUCGAGCAAAGUAUUAGUGAGCUACUUGAAAGGAGGGAUAUUGAAGUUGUACAAGAUGAUAAGUGCAUACUGCAAGUUAAUGGUUUCAACGACAAAAAGAAACUGGUGCCGUCCAAGCCCAACAGAAAUUCUGAUGCGCGCCAAAGACUUAACGAUCUUCAGAAAUCUAGCAGCCAUAACGAAAUUCAACGAUCCGAGGAUUAUUACCGACAGUUAUUGAUUGACGGUGGAAGUGUGCAGCAUUAUCCGCCUCCCAAGCGCAAUGGUAUCCAAAAGUCGGAGAGCGCAAAGGAAAUGCUAAUUUCACACAGGGAAAAAGAAUCGCGUCCAAUCACAAGUUCGUCUUCCGCCGAUUUUCCUGUUAGAGUAGAAGUCUUACAACACGAUUUUCCUCCUUUACCACCAUCGCCGGUGGAAGAAGACGAAGACGAGUAUUCGGAAAUAAACUCAGUUGGUCAAAAAAUAAGGUCCGACACGCUGCCCCCCAAUUGCGAAGCACCAGCAGUGCCUCCUCAUAGGGAACCGACAUCGAACAGCUUAAAAACGCGUUCAAUGGAUGCCGGUUAUAGUAGAGGUAGACGAAAUAACUUUUUAAGUAGUUCUAGCCGAAACAUACCGCCUGAACGUAGAACGUUGCCUACAGAACUACAGGGUACCAAACGUCGCACGUACCAAAAACGUUCCAAUUCGAGAGAAGAACACCAUUUGCAAACAUCAUGUAGCUUACCAGAAACUCCUAUUUUCGCGAGAGGUUGCGAUAUACCGAGGACGCCGCAUCGGAAGGCGCCCGAUAUACCAAACAAUCAUUCAGGACCACGACAAAGUAGCACCAUGAGUAGCUUGAAUACAAUCGGUAACGUCUCCACAGGCGGCUACCGCCGAAAUUCCGGAUUGGAACAAGCCCUGGUUGGCGCAGAACUACUUAGGUUAGCCGGAGGGCCUGGUAGAGGAUGGUACCCAAAACACAGGCAUACUCGGCCCGCUUCGAUAGAACACUUGGAUAGACUAACGCCUGGCCAUAACCCCUGGGACACGAGCAGAAAACCGUUAACGCUUCCUCCUAAUCUCACGCCCAAAUUCUUUCAAAGGUCGCCGAGAGAUGCACUUCGAAGAGUUACGAGUUUACUUAUUCGAAAAGGGAAUUGCUGCAUAUUUGAAAAUGGUAAUGCUACAAAGGACACGAAGAAGGAAGUUCCACAGAAGUUCCAGGAGCCCACUGCAAAUGCAGGCGAAGAGAUUCAGAAGAAGAAGGGAUUUUUCAAAAGUUUAUGGAAGAGAUCACGACAUUACUCACUCGAGCAGCAAUAAUCUCUAUUCCUUUUUACCAUCGUGGUGCAACCCGAUUGCGUGCUAUCAUCAUUUGUAAAUAUCAACAAUCAAAUUUCCAUUGUACUUAGAAAACUUGACCUAGUCUCCUACAGACUACAGCAACGAUUCGCAAUUAAUCAAUCUGUCACGGUAAUAUAAUAUGAACAAACAAUGUCGCAAAACUUCUUUGCUAAAAUUAUACAAAUACAUUCAUUUUUUUAUUAAUAUACGUGGAGAAACUAUUUUUAGAACUAUUUGUGACUGAUUUGGUGGAAUCAAGUUUGCCCAAUCUUUCCGUUUUUUGAAAGGCGCAGCCAGUUUUUCCUACUUUACACAUCAUUGGGCUCUAUAAACUACAAGGAUUUGAAAUGUUACUGCCUAUAUAUGUGAUUAAAUUUUAGAUAAGGAUCAUUACCUAUCAAUUGUAAGUACUACCCUGUAAAUUAUUGUGCGCUCAAAUACUUUGUUCAAUUUUUACCAUUUUGUAUAUUAACAUAUAAUAGUUAUUAAAGAGAACUCUUCACUGAAUUUAACAAGCCCGUCGACUUUGACAGUAGUUCUCUGUAUUAACUUUGUUAAAUUAGUAUGUAAAAAUUCUAACAUAGGUGCCCGUACAAUUAUACAUUAGUAAUAGAGUUUGAAUACCAUCUUUCCAUUAUACCUACUGUCCUAUUUUGAGAUUUUCAAAAAUAAUACAGCUUGAAAUCAAGCAGUUGGACUGUAAAAUAUAGUACACGAUGUCAACUUUUACGGCGUCUAUUUAUUGAUGUUAGUAAAAAUGUUUUUUAAAAAAGUUAAAAUGGUUCAAAAAUAUCUUUUUAAGGCUUCUACACCAUUAUUGAUACAUCCAUGCAACCAUCAUUUGGUGCAACAUACGAAAAUUUUGAAAAUAACUGAGACACUUUGUAACCAGAUGUUGGUAAGAAAAUUUGAUACAUACUUAAUUAUUGUUGAAAAUGACUAUUUUUUUAUUGCGCCAUUUUAACUUAAUUUUUCCUAUGUCAAUAAUUAUGGCAUUGUGCAGACAUGAUUAGACAUACACAAUGCAUGUGAAUUAUGUGGUAAUGAAUAGAAACUGGGGAUGGAAAUCCUAAUUAAAAGAUUUUUUGAUUUUUCUAAUAUGUCCAAAUGCUUCGUAGCGAAAACUAAUAAUUUAUGUUCCAUCCCCAGUAAUGGGAAAGAUAAGGAAUUAAAUCCAUAUCAUUCUAUUCUCCUCCAUCAAUUGAAGGUGGAUUUUUAAUUACCCAGCUAGCUGCACUUUAGUUUCAGUUUAGAGAAGUUAACUUUUCAAUCAAAGUUUUAAAGAAAAAUGGAAAACAAAAGCAAAUUGGAUAUGAUGCCAUAUCGGCUACUCACAAAUCCAUUUGUCUUGUAAAUAUAACCCGAUGGUUAAAAAUAUUCCUACUUUUGUGUAGCACUCAAGGCACCAAUGUUUAAAAUACAUUCAGCGGUGAAUGAUGUAGUAAACGUUAGAAAUUUGUAAAUUAUUAUUAAUCACAGCUUCUCUACUUUUUCACUGUUCACAUCAAAGUGCCCCAAUUUUAUAUAAUUGAACAAUAAGUAGAGUAUAGGUGACACCCAUGUCGAGGGAAAUAUGUACGCUAAUUAAACGGAAUAGGUAGUUGUAAGUUGCUGUACUAAGGGCGUUUGUAUUGUUUUUUGUAGAAACAUUUUUGACGACUUUUUAACAAAAAGUAUACAUGUGAAUAUGGCAAAGAAGCAAAUAUACGAACUUGUAUUUGCUCUUUUGUACAAAGUGUUCUAUACUAUUUAUUAUUUUUUAAUGCUUUAUUUUGUAAUUAUAUGUUAAUGUUAUCAGUGAGCUAAUAAUUUACUUAUUCAUUAUUUUAUCUCACAUUUUUGUAAUAUAAGUUUAUAGAAUUUAUUAUAGAUAGGUGUGUGUCUGAAGUGUACAUAAACAGUAAAAGCUUCAUAAAUUA